AUGGAUAAACACACCAAUACUAUCCCUACAACUUGCACCACCAUUAUCGGCACCGAAUUAGCCAAUAUUGAAGCUGUGCUCACUCGGAAGAGCCUGUCCGACAAGGGAACAUACACCCGGCUUUGUGAACAAUGGCUGGAACAGUUCUUGGAAGGCAAUAGCGGACGAGCACUAGAUGUCUCCUCCUACGCCUCCGCCCUGGAGAUGGCCGCCAUACUUGCCGAUAUCCAACCAGGCGACGAGGUAGUUGUCCCUAGCUAUACGUACGUGACAACUGUCAACGCAUUCGCGCUGAGGGGCCCCGUACCAGUGUUUGUAGAUUUGGAAGACGCCACGAUGAACAUUGACGCGAGCAAUCAUUCCCAGGUCGCUAAGAGACACGAGCUAUUCAUCUGCGGGGAUACAGCCAUGGCGUGUAUGUCUACCUAUAAGGGGCAGAUGCUCGGCACUAUUGGCAAUGUCGGCUGCCUCAGCUUUCAGGAAAAGAAGAACAAUACAGCCGGAGGUCAGGGAGGUGCCCUCCUAAUCAAUGACCCAGCGCUGGUCGAGCGAGCCGAGAUCCUCUAUGAUCACGGGACUAACCGUUCGCACUUUAUGCGCAGUGAAGUUGAUCGCUACCAGUGGCUGGAUCUGGGGUUGAAUGCCACUCUUUCUGAACUGCAGGCAGCGUUUCUGUACGCGCACUUACAAGCCGCGGAUUGCAUCAAUGCGCGCAGAAGGCAUAUCUGGGGCCAUUACUUUGUCAGUUUGUUACCUUUAGUCCGCAAGGGGUACAUUACUUUACCCCAUGCUCCUGAUAAUACCACCCAUAAUGCGAACAUGUUCUAUAUUAGGCUUAUGGGCCCCACGCAGCGCCAGGAUAUGAUUCGGCAUAUGGCAAGCGCCAAGGUUCAGGAGGUUGUGAUCCGGGAAGUGUUUGCUUUUUGGGAUGAGACAGCCGAGGGUGGUAUUUAG